AAAUACGACGUCGAGGCGGGAGUGCAAGAACGGGUGCUCGAUCAAAUAUUCACUGCCACUCAUUUCCAUUCAAGCGAGGCGACGUAAAUUGUUGAACCCUUGCAACGUGACUGUGAUAGAAUUUGCAGCUUCCCUUCGAACCAACGACCGCGCAGUUUUUCCUAUUGACGACAGUCGGCUACAAUCAUGGCCAAGGGCGGCGGUGCGCAUGAUGUUCUCGAAACGAAAACGGAGAGGGCUCCUGUGACAUCACAGCGACCUGUUCCUACGGAUCUUAAGUUCGAGAAGCCUUACCUGCCUCGAGCCUUGGAAGCUGUUGACAGCGAGCAUCCCAAAGGAACUUUGAACCACAAUAACCAGAACUACACAGUAAUGCAGCAGCAUGUUGCCUACUUCGAUCUCAACAACGACGGGAUAAUUUAUCCGUGGGAAACUUACAAGGGUUUCAGGCUGAUAGGAUUCAACCCAUUCAUUUCGUUCCUAGCCAUGCUCGUAAUCAACGGAGCAUUCAGUUAUCCUACACUUCCUGGCUGGAUUCCGAGUUUGCUGUUCCCUAUCUACAUCAAGAACAUCCACAAAGCCAAGCACGGUAGUGAUUCAGAAGUCUAUGAUACGGAGGGAAGGUUCGUCCCAUCGAAAUUUGAAGAAAUAUGGUCUAAGUACGCCAAGACCUAUCCUGAUAGAAUGAACUUCCGAGAGCUUCUGCAAAUGUCUGAAGCAAUGCGCAAUGCUGUGGACCCCUUUGGCUGGUUUGCAAACAAGUUUGAAUGGGGUUUCACUUACUGGCUGGCCAAAGACGAGGCCGGAUGGUUGACUAAGGAAGCAACUCGCGGUAUUUAUGAUGGGAGCUUCUUCGAAUACGUGGAGAAGAGCUUGAAACAAAGGGCCGUGCUGAAAAAGAAGAUGAAAUAGAUGUAAUAUACGUUCGAAGAGAAAACGUAGUAAAGCACAGGAGAGAAUAGGAUUUAUAGUACUGAUUUGCAGGUGUUCUCAUCUGCCAUACGUCCAUGAAAAUGUGGACGCGACAUUAACAUCUGUGAAUAAAAUUUGAAGGAAAGAACCAAUGGCAUGUCUUUCCACGACUGUUAUAGA